AUGAUAGGAAUGAUGGGUUGGGAAGCCCCAAAACAAGAAUGGAGGAAAGGUCCAUGGACUCCUCAAGAAGAUAAGCUGCUAACUGAAUAUGUUAACUUGAAUGGAGAAGGAAGAUGGAGUUCAGUAGCUAGGUCUGCAGGUUUGAAUAGGAGUGGCAAGAGUUGCAGGCUUAGGUGGGUGAAUUAUCUAAGGCCUGGUCUUAAAAGAGGUCAUUUAACACCUCAGGAGGAAGGGAUCAUUAUUGAAUUGCAUGCCCAUUGGGGUAACAAAUGGUCAACAAUCGCUAGAUACUUGCCAGGGAGAACGGAUAAUGAAAUAAAGAACUAUUGGAGAACACAUUUCAAGAAGAAAGAAAGGUCCUCUCAGAAGCAAGAAAAAAGAAAAGCUCAAAUUCUAAAGCUAAAACAACAGCAACAGCAGGAGGAGGAGAAGCUGCCACAACCAGAUAAAGAUCAGACAGAAGCAGGUGGAGAUGGCAAAGUAAUUAGUCAAGUGGCUGACCUGGCACAAGGGAAGCAGGAGAUGGUUUUCAUGUACCCAACUAUAAGGGAUCAAUGCUUGCCUGUCAUGUCUCAAGAGGCAGCUGCUUCUUGGCUAGAUCAGUUUUUGGUAGAUGAAGGUUUAUGGGCUGGUGGGUUGUGGAACCUGGAUGAUCAGCAGCCUGGUUAUUGCAACAAGGUUGCCAUGCAAAAUCAAGCAACAACUUAUAAUUCUUUUGGAGGGGAUGCAAUCAAUUUAUACAAUGGGGGAGGGUACAUUUUCUAAGCAUAAAUUUGGAACUUUUUACUUUUGAGUGUGUAUUUUCCAAUUCAAGAUCAUGAAUAUCGGCACUUCUAGUGCAUUUCCAAUUAAGGUUGAAUUAAUUACUUGUUUUAUGAAUUAUGAUCUGUCUAACAUUGUUUGCAUAAGCAGUUAAUAAUAUGAUUAUGAAGUUUUUUUUAAGAAAAAAUUGCCUUCUUUUUC